AUGGUGAUCUACACGGGGGAUCUGGGGACCAGCCAAGAUGCCAGGGUGUGGUACUGCCCCAGCCCCGACUGCGGCGCCUCCGGCAGCCACAACCUGACGGCGGGGGUGAGCACCCCCCUGCUCGUGUCCAACUACCCAGAUGGAAUCUGGAUCCACGUCUCGGUCCCCUCCACCGGUGGCUCCUCCGCCGCCACCCUGGAGCUCAGCGCCAUCGCUGCCAGCUGCAGCGCCCCGCACCAAACCCCGCUCCUGCUGUACCGCACGGUCGAUGGCAGGACCUCGGAGCCCUGGCCCAGCUACAGCCUGUGCGUGACCAAGCCCAACAAUAACCCGGACUUCGGAAUUGCGUUCUCAUGGGAGUGGUCGUUCGGAAGCCUGCCGUACAGCUUCGGACGCGGGUUCCAUGCGCUCCUGCCGCCGUUUGACCUGACGCUGCCACACGGUGUGUACGACAUCCAGCUCAUGAGGGCCUACUCGCCGGACGCGGAGGCCCGGAUGGGCGUCAGCUUCGUCCUGCUUUCCAGCAGCGGCGUUGAGCUGGUGCGCUUCAACGAGUCCGUCUCGGGCUACUUCGUCCCCGCCGUCAACAACAUCACCCGGGGUUCUAUGGAGUUCUACUUGCCGGCCGGCAUCGCCGACCAGAGCGCCGCCGUGGCCACGGUACAGGUUUAUAGAGACGUAAUGUCAGGAAUAUUGAUGUGCCUCGACUGGUAUGAUGUCCCUACCCGGAUUCAAGCCAGGUCUUCACGGCCACAACGUGAUGUACUAACCACUAUACGAUAG